AUGGAUCCCGAUCACAGCCUCCGCAUCGCCAUGACCUACGCAGUCUCCGCCGCGGGCCACGCUUCCGCCGCCGCGGCCGUUUACGUAGCUGCCGGCCCCGGCGGAGACCUAGCUGUCGCCGAGGCUUUGGCAGACGGCGCGGCCGCCUACGGUGUCUUAAACAAGGCGGCGAACGAAGCUGACCGCUUCGGUCAAAAUCCAGUUGCCGCUGCCGCCGCGACCUACAAAGCAUGCGCCGCGGCCUACAAAGCUUGCGCCGCGGCCUACCGCGCUGUCUCCGUGGCAUAUUAUGCUGCCGCGGCAUCUGAAGUCCCCGUCGCCGCACCCGUCGCCGACCCCGUCCCCGUUCCCGUCGCCGACCCCGCCGCCGACCCCCCCGCCGAUGCCGCCGCCGCCGCUGAUCAUCCCCAUUUUAGCUUUUGUGUGAAGUUGUUUCUUUAA